CAGGGCCAGAUAGGAAAAUGGCAGGUCUGCGUUUCUUAAAGUAAAAAAUAUAAAAUGAUGCAGUGUAUAAUGAAAAAUUGAUAGUAAUAAUGACAUUUAUAUGUAACAGUUAAAACCAUAGAUUAGGGUUAAAACAUAAAUCAGAUAUACGAUGAGUUCUUCGUCUCAAAAUAGCCCAAUGGCACUUCCACCACCACAAGCGCCAAGUGCUAUGGGACCUCUUUCUCAAAAUCCAACACCUUCACACUCUCCUCAUAGUCCUUAUCAGUCGCCCAUGGGCCAUAUUAACGGGCCUCCAUCUCAUGUUAUGCACCCUCCAGAACACUCCUCAGUUAACCCUAUGCCUAAUGCUACUCAUUUAUAUCCACAUUUACCCUCACAUGGUAACCCAUAUCCUUCACACGGGAAUCGUCCUCAUGUAUCCAGCCCUUCUCCUCAAGUACAUCCAGUGGGCACUCCAUCUCAUGGACAUCAUGGUCAAAUUACUGAGCCUUAUACCCAUUCUGGAGGAUCAAUGCAUACCACUGGAUCUUCACAGAACCACUUUGGACCUCAAUCUCAUGAAAUGCCACCUAUCGGAUCUUCACACGCUGGGAAUUUACAACCGCAAAAUUAUCCAGGACAUCUUUCCCAUCCUGUACCAAUAGGACAUGCUUCUCCUAGACAGAAUUCCCCUGGCGCACUUAUGCCUUCCGGUCCUCCUGGGCCACAAGGUUCAUCUAAUCAUGUUAAUACAAAUGCUGGAGCCCAAGGACAAGAAAAUCUUAAUGCUCUUCAAAGAGCAAUCGAUAGUAUGGAAGAAAAGGGUAUGCAAGAAGAUCCUAGAUAUUCUCAAUUAUUGACUCUAAGAGCACGAAGCAAUGGAUCUCCGAACAUUUUUAGUCAAGCUCAAAUUACUCAAUUAAGAAAUCAGAUAAUGGCUUAUCGACAUAUUGCCAGAAAUCAACCAGUACCACCGCAAGUAAACUUGGCAAUGCAAGGAAAACGAUCGGAUGGUGUUCCACUAUGUUCAACACCACCUCCAAACUCAGGAUAUUCCCAAGGAAAUGUUGCAGUAUACCAGAGCGAAACUCAUUUUUGUGAACCUCCAGAAAAUGGACCUUCUGAAGGUGGCUCAGUUCAGUUUCAAUCAAUAAGACCCUACCCAUCAAGCUGUCAGUCUGGCAUGUCUCAAAGUCACCUGAUACCAUUGCAAGUACCCAUGCCUAUUCAUCCAAGCCAGAGCUGCAAACCUCAUGGUGGCCCUUCACCAUUGCCACCAGCUCAAAUGAUGAAUAAUAGUUCGAGAUUACCUGCACAUCAACAACAUGGUCAUCAACCACAAUCACACCACCAUCAAAACAGUAAACAGAACAGAAUCUCCUGUAUACCAAAACCGAUUGGUAUUGAUCCCCUAAUUAUUCUACAAGAGAGGGAAAACAGGGUCAGUGCAAGAAUAGCAUCUCGAAUGGAACACCUUUCCAAUCUGCCCUCAAAUUUAUCUGACGACGUAAGAAUGCAAGUACAAAUUGAAUUAAGAGCACUGAAGUGUUUGAACUUUCAACGUCAGCUUAGAAGCGAAAUAAUAGCUUGCACAAGAAGGGAUACACUUUUAGAAACAAUUAUUAACGUAAAACAAUACAAACGUGCAAAAUUUCAAGGAUUAAAAGAAGCCAGAGCCACUGAAAAACUGGAAAAGCAACAAAAAUUUGAAGCUGAACGGAAGAAAAAGCAGAAAUAUCAGGAAUUUCUUAAUUCUGUUUUACAGCAUGGAAAGGAUUUUAAAGAAUUUCACCGAAAUGUUCAAGGAAAGCUAUCAAGACUUAAUAAAGGCAUGAUGAGCUAUCACGUCAACGCGGAAAGAGAGCAAAAGAAGGAACAAGAGAGAAUUGAAAAAGAACGUAUGAGAAGAUUAAUGGCGGAAGAUGAAGAAGGUUACAGAAAAUUAAUAGAUCAAAAAAAAGAUAAACGUUUGGCAUUCUUACUUUCUCAAACAGAUGAAUAUAUAGGUAAUCUCACUGAAAUGGUGAAACAACAUAAAUUAGAGCAAAAACGUAAACAACAAGAAGAGGAAAAGAAAAAUAGGAAAAAGAAGAAGAAACUUAAAAUUGAUGAGUUGUUGAAUGCUGAAAUCGAUGACGAUUCUCAAUUAUCUGACAAACCAAUAACAGUUGUAGAAAUAGCCACUGGUAAAAAACUUGUCGGCGAAGAAGCACCACUGUUGAGCCAAUUGCAAGACUGGUUAUCCCAAAAUCCUGGUUGGGAAAUUGAUAGUGACGAGGAAGAUGAUUCUGAUGAGGAUUAUGAUAUUGAAGAAGAUGAAAAACCUAAAUCAGAAGCAGACAAAGCAAAACACGUUAUUAAAAAAGCUCGAGUUGAAGAUGACGAAUAUCAUAAAAAUUCAAUUGAAGAACAAACAUAUUAUAGUAUAGCCCAUACUGUUCAUGAAAUAGUAACAGAGCAGUCGACCAUUUUGAUAAAUGGUACACUUAAAGAAUAUCAAGUAAGGGGUUUAGAGUGGCUGGUUUCUCUCUAUAAUAAUAAUCUGAAUGGUAUAUUAGCUGAUGAAAUGGGUUUGGGUAAAACAAUUCAGACUAUAGCCUUAAUAACAUACCUUAUGGAGAAAAAGAAAGUCAAUGGACCUUAUUUAAUUAUUGUUCCUUUGUCGACUUUGUCAAAUUGGGUUUUAGAAUUUGAAAAAUGGGCUCCUUCUGUACUUGUAGUAUCUUACAAAGGUUCUCCAGCAUGUAGAAGACAAAUACAAAGUCAAAUGCGAUCAACGAAGUUUAAUGUAUUAUUGACAACUUAUGAAUAUGUAAUAAAAGAUAAGGGAGUACUGGCUAAGUUACCUUGGAAAUAUAUGAUUAUCGAUGAAGGUCACAGAAUGAAAAAUCAUCACUGUAAAUUGACACAAGUAUUAAAUACUCAUUAUUUAGCACCACAUCGUUUACUUUUGACUGGUACUCCACUACAAAAUAAACUACCAGAAUUAUGGGCGCUUUUAAACUUUUUGUUGCCGUCGAUUUUCAAAAGUUGUUCUACAUUCGAACAGUGGUUUAAUGCUCCCUUUGCAACGACUGGAGAAAAGGUAGAGCUAAACGAGGAAGAAACAAUUCUUAUUAUUCGUCGCCUUCAUAAGGUGCUAAGGCCCUUUUUAUUAAGGCGACUCAAAAAAGAAGUUGAAUCUCAAUUACCUGAUAAAGUGGAAUACAUAAUUAAAUGUGAUAUGUCUGGUUUGCAAAAAGUUUUAUACAAGCAUAUGCAAAGCAAGGGUGUUCUACUAACUGAUGGUUCAGAAAAGGGCAAUAAAGGAAAAGGUGGUUCUAAAGCGCUAAUGAACACUAUUGUACAGUUGCGAAAACUAUGUAAUCAUCCGUUUAUGUUUCAAAAUAUUGAAGAAAAGUAUUGCGAUCACGUUGGAAUUGCAGGAGGUGUAAUAUCUGGACCUGAUAUUUUCCGGGCGUCUGGAAAAUUCGAAUUACUUGAUCGCAUAUUACCGAAAUUGAAGGCAACCAACCAUAGGGUACUUCUAUUUUGCCAAAUGACCCAACUCAUGACAAUAAUGGAGGACUAUUUGAGUUGGAGAGGUUUCGGUUAUCUACGAUUAGAUGGCACCACUAAAGCCGAGGAUCGGGGAGAUCUAUUAAAAAAAUUCAAUGAAAUGCGCUGUGAAUAUUUUAUUUUUCUUCUGUCAACUAGAGCUGGAGGAUUGGGAUUAAAUUUACAAUCUGCCGACACUGUUGUUAUAUUUGACUCUGACUGGAAUCCUCAUCAGGAUCUCCAAGCUCAGGAUAGAGCUCAUCGAAUUGGACAACAAAACGAAGUCAGAGUGUUGCGAUUAAUGACUGUUAAUUCUGUAGAAGAAAGAAUUUUAGCAGCAGCUAGAUACAAAUUAAAUAUGGACGAAAAAGUUAUACAGGCUGGUAUGUUUGACCAAAAAUCUACAGGCACUGAAAGACAACAGUUUCUUCAACAUAUUUUGCAUCAGGAUGGUGAUGAUGAAGAAGAAGAAAAUGAAGUUCCUGAUGAUGAAACUGUAAACCAAAUGGUUGCUAGGUCUGAGGCCGAGUUUGAUCUUUUUCAAAAAAUGGACUUAGAAAGAAAGAGGGAUGAUGCUAAAUUGGGAGCAUCAAGAAAAUCUAGAUUAUUAGAAAUAAGCGAACUUCCAGAUUGGUUGGUUAAAGAAGACGAUGAGGUAGAUGCAUGGAAUUAUGAAGAUAAUGAAAGUAUCUUAGGAAGGGGAACAAGACAUAGAAAAGAAGUCGAUUAUACAGAUAGUUUGACUGAAAAAGAUUGGUUAAAUGUUAUAGAUGAUACGCGUGAAUUUGAAGGCGAAGUAGAAGACAAAGAAGAUGAAAGGUCAAAGAAAAAGAAAAAUCGAAAAAGAAAACGAGAGGACUCUGAUAGUGAUGUAGGGACUAAUAGUACUCAUAGUAAACGAAAAACUAAAGGACACAUUGGUGAUAUAAAAUUAAAAAUGCAAAUGAGAAAAUUGUUGGGAAUCGUAAUGAAAUACACAGACAGUGAUGGCCGUUUAUUAAGUGAACCAUUCCUAAAAUUGCCUGCUAGAAAGGAAUAUCCUGAUUAUUACGAGAUUAUUAAAAAACCAAUAGACAUCACUAAAAUUUUAAGUAGAGUUGAAGAUGGAAAGUAUACAGACUUUGUCGAUCUUGAAAGAGAUUUUAUGUUACUUUGUCAGAACGCUCAAAUUUACAAUGAAGAAGCUUCCCUAAUCCAUGAAGAUAGCAUUGUUUUGCAGUCAGUAUUUUCGAACGCUAAACAAAGAAUAGAUACAGAUGGUGAAGAAUCGGAACCAGAAGAUAGCAAAGAACAAUCUGAAAGUGAAUCGACAAUUAAAAUGAAAAUUAAGCUCAAGAGCAAAAAGCUCUGUACUGUUAAUAGUAGUAAUAGAAGAAAACGUACUCAAAGGAAAUAUAUUUCCGAAGAAGAGGAAGAUGAAGAAAAUUAAUAUUAAAGUUAAAGUGAAAUUAUAAGUCAUUUUUUUAGACAGUAGUUUCUGCAAUAAAUACUUAUCUGGCGUGGUUUUUCAUGACUGGUGUUCCAUAUUAAUAACAUGUUUAAAAAAAAUGUAUAAUAAUGUAUUAGAGAUGUAGAAGCUUAUGUAAAAAUUUAUUGCUUCCGAACGGUGCUGUUAGUAAAAUUAAAAUUUUUACCAUGAAUAAAUAAAUCGUCACCUCUGAUACUUCAAAAAAUGUACAAAUAUACAGUCCUCUCUUAGGAAUCCGAUUUUUUUGUUACAUACUUUAUAAUUGAAUGCAGUGUCGGAUUGGGCCGUAGGCUUACCGGUCCAAAGACUGGUAGACCCUUUGGCCAAGCAGUGGACCCUCGUUCAGGCAGUGGGCUCUUGUUCAGUCAGUGGGCACUCGUUUAGCCAAUGGGUUCUUGAUAACAAUAAAUAAACAGAUAAACAGAAAAAGCAUCAGUGUGCAAAGAAGAAUUUUUUUGCUCUUUUAGGAAUCGGCCCAUGAAAAAAAAAUGUUAGGAGGGCUCUUCACCGUCCUGACCGGUAAGGACCUGGAGGUCCCAAUCCGACACUGAUUAAAUAUAUUUUUACAUGAUAGCUCUACAUCUACAUUUGUUAUUUGUUUUAUGGAAUGCGAGCUAUAAAAGAUGUCUCAGUUGCAGGACCAUGUAUACAGGAUGUCUAAAAAUUCUCUUUACAACAAUAAACUGCAUAUUCUAGAGCCCUUUUCAUGUCGAUUAUC